CGGGAGCCCCACGUGAGCUGGGAACCUCCACGCUAACCCUUUCUUCCCUCGUGGCGUCUGGGAUCUUUCACAGGCACCUGCAAUUUGCUCGUUGCUCCUCUGUUUCGAUCCCUCCACAGGCAGAACUUCCCGAUUCAACAGAAUUUGCAUCACAUCAUCGUUGCAAAAAUUUCUCCAACAGCGUCCUCAUUCCGAAGUCUUUCCUGCGUAGGGUCUAGCGAUAUAUUUUUCGGUGGAGGAAGAUGAGCACAAGAGGAAUGAGACGUGCAGGACAGCAAUAGUGGAAACAGUUUUCAAAGGAAGGACGAGGCAAGAGAAAAGAGAGGGUCUGUUUAGGGCGAGAAGAUGGCGGCUGCUUCGAGGAGUGGUGGAGUGGUGCAAGAAGUGGCGAAAUUGAGUGUGGAGCAGCUGCAGGCGGUCAAGGAACAGAUUGAUGCAGAAUUGUCUGUUUUGCAAGACAGUGUGGGCAGCAUUCGCACAGCCGCCAAUCGCUUUGAAAUGGCUGCAUCUGCUCUGAACAACUUAUCAUUGCAGAAAGAAGGUCAACAAAUGUUGGUACCUUUAACAGCCUCCCUGUACGUACCUGGUGUUUUGGAGAACGUCGACAAUGUCCUUGUGGAUGUCGGCACUGGUUACUUCAUCGAGAAAUCUUUGCCCGAGGGGAAAGAUUACUGCGAUCGGAAGAUCAACUUUUUGAAAGCCAAUCACGACAAAUUGGUUGAGGUUGCAAGUGAGAAGAGGAGUGCUGCGGAGCAAGUAUCUUUGGUUUUACAGGCUAAAAUGCGCUCCUCAGCGGCGCCCAGUGAACAAUAGAGAGCAUAGUUAACUAUGAACUUGCAUAGUAGAUCAGUUUUGCACCUCAUUAAGUCCUGUUUUAUUUCUUAUCCUGUAACAAUUCUUUUUGGAACAUUUUUCUCCUUUCACCAGCGUCACACAGCUCUAUUCAUGAAUGUGGGACUUUUUUCGCAGUUUAGACUUGGAUUUCCACCCCU